AGUGUGCCACACUAAUGCAUACUAAUCUCCUUUAGUGUUUAGUGCGGAAGUAGGAGGUGUGCGUGUGUGUGUGUGUGUGUGUGUGUGUGUGUGCGUGCGUGCGCACUAUCACUGUGCCAUUUCGUGCAUCCAUUCAAACGAGCAGGACUGAAGGACCGCUGCUGAAGGAGAUGCUUUGAGGAUCCUUCAAAGCUCUCUAAUUUUGAGGAGGCCAGAGAAGGAAAGAGUGAUGGCAGGAGAGAAGAGUACUCCAGAUGACACACACUCUUCCAGAGUCAUUCGGAUGGUGUUUCUGGCUCUUCUAUUGGACCUACUGGGAUUCACAGUAAUCCUCCCCCUUCUGCCCUCUAUCUUAGAUCACUACAGUCAAACAGGGGAUAGUGUGUAUCUGUCACUACAAAGCAUUGUGGACUGGUUCAGGGGAACUGUGGGCAUUCCUUUAGAAAGAAAGUACACCAGUGUACUUUUUGGAGGUCUGAUUGGCUCAGUCUACUCUUUGCUGCAGUUCGUUUUCUCUCCUGUGAUAGGAUCUGCAUCUGAUCAGCAUGGCAGAAGACCGCUGCUACUUUUAACUACUGUGGGCCUGGUUUUCUCCUACAUUCUUUGGGCUGUUUCACACAGCUUCAGUGUUUUUCUCCUUUCUCGUGUGGUGGGAGGAAUCUGCAAGGGCAAUGUCAGCCUGUGUACUGCUGUUGUUGCAGACUUGCCUUGCCCUAAAGCGAGAAACAGAGGAAUGGCAAUGAUUGGCAUUUCCUUCUCUUUGGGCUUUACUCUUGGCCCGUUAAUGGGAGCCUACUUUGCACUGAGACCGAUGGAUGCUGAGUUGUUUUAUCAAGGCCCUGCUUUACUGGCAGUUCUCUUCUCUGUAGCAGAUCUGCUGUUCAUUUUUUUCAUGCUUCCAGAGACUUUGCACAAGGGCCCCACGGAGCACACGGGUGUUCAGCCGAUUGGAGACCUGCUCAACCCUCUGUAUUUUAACUUCUCAGCAGUCACAAGAACAAAAGUGCCACCCUCCAAACGACAAAUGCGCAAUCUUAAGGUGUUGGGUUUGGUGUAUUUUGCAUACCUUUUUAUAUUCUCCGGUCUUGAGUUCACACUAAGCUUCUUAACUCAUCAGCGCUUCCAGUUCUCCAGCAUGCAACAGGGGAAGAUGUUCUUUUUCAUAGGCAUCACCAUGGCAGCAUUCCAAGGAGGGUAUGCGCGCAGAAUCCAACCAGGUCAGCAGAUCCGGACAGUUCGCAUGGCAAUAGUAUUACUCAUUCCAGCCUUUAUACUCAUCGGAAUAGCAUGGAAUUUAAUAAUGCUCUACAUCAGCCUGUUUCUGUAUUCCUUUGCUGCUGCAAUUGUUGUGCCAUGUCUUUCAGCACAAGUAUCUGGGCAUGGUACAGUGAGUCAGAAGGGUACAGUGAUGGGGAUUCUACGUAGUCUUGGCGCACUGGCCAGAGCACUGGGACCAGUUGUGGCUUCCUCAGUUUACUGGCUUGCUGGAGCUGAGAUGUGCUUUAUCAUCAGUUCAGCUUUCUUUAUUGCACCGUUAAUCUUACUGAGUCGACUAGAGCAACACAAAGAGGACUAAGAACACAUAUUUUCUACAUUUAUUUUUAUAUGCAUUUUUACAUAAUAAAACAUUUGUAAUACAGUGUGAUUUGAAAAGACUCCAAUGCAGUAGGACAACAACAUGGUUUUGUUACACUAAAAGUUUGAACUAAAAAUAUUUGAUUGUUAAAA